AGGUCAGGAUGAUGUUAGAAAGGUGUACAAUGACUCACAAGUGAUCCACACACCCAAGUCCCCUAUGAUCGUCAUUACCCUCUAGUCAGACAACCUAAUCCUUGAACUUCAAACUCGUGCUGCACUUCCAGCCUCCUUCUACUUGUCGCUACUCAAUAAAAGAGACAAGGGUUCUGGGAUUGAACACUACUGGAUCAGUUUCAUUGUCUCGUUGUCACUGUGAGAUAUGGCGGAUACCACACUGGUAGUGAUUAUAUCCGUGUCUGUGGCGGUGAUCCUCUUAGCCAUUGGCCUGGGACUCUGUCUUUGUAGAGCGUACGGUGUCUUCGGGUCCAAAACGAAAACACGGGAUAUGUAUCUAGAUAAUGUGACUCUGGAGCUGAAGAAGUCGUUCUUCUCCCUCUCACCAGUUAUUAAAUCUGGUACUCACUUCGAGUUGAUGAUAGGAUCCAAACCUAAACAGAGACUUGAGCUAUCUCAUAUUGAUUCUGAUGCUGUGAUGAUUCUACAGAUGAAAUCAGACAUAUCGUCAGUCUCUAAAGAGAUCUAUCUUAACAGCUUGGAAACUCUGAGAAGACUUGAUAAACAUGAUCAUGUGGCUGCGUUUUAUGGGACUUACGACACCCCUUCUGGGGCUUGCUCUGUCAUCGAGUUCUCCCAAUUUGGUACCCUAAAGUACUAUCUGUCGUACAGUUCCUACAAGACGUUCUACGACUACAGAGGGUUUAGUGACGAUGACGACACUUUCAGCAACAUGCGAUCUCCAGAGAGUAUAAACUCCUUACAGCGUAAGAGGAACCUGUUUGCGUACCCCAAGAUAGUGAUGGAGAGUCGAAAAACCCCACUCUCAGCUCUCACACUGUACUUCCUUAUGUGGCAGAUAUGUCUUGGAAUGGAGUUUUUACAUCUACGGAACUACAUCCACGGCAGCCUCUGUUCGUUUAACGUAUUUGUUACGGGGCACCUCAACCUGAAGAUCAACUGUUUCUCGUUAGCGUUUGAGGACAAGUACGCUCUCAACGCCAUCCCGAGGUGGAUGGCUCCAGAAGUUUUUGUGACGAAGACUCUGACAAAGCAGGCUGAUGUUUGGUCCUUUGGGGUGACAAUGUGGGAACUCUUCAACUGCGGGGCUAUUCCUUAUAACCAUCUGACAGUAGAUGAGGUGGUGAACCAGACCAGAACAGGGCAGUACAAGUUAACACCACCACCCGGUGAUACGAGUGUAGCUCGGCUCUUCAGCGAGUGCUUCAACCUUUAUCCCCACCACAGACCUUCUUUCAGUCAGAUCCGGUUAGUGCUCGAACGUCUUCUUGAAGGAUCCGAGGUCGCGCUGACUAACAAGUUUAUUGAUAGCAGACGUCUUCAAUACGCAAACACAGAGCUUUUAGACAAGAUAUUCUUCGACCAACAAGAAGUGGACGUGGCAAGAGAAGAGCACGCACAGAGACCCCUCUAUUUUACCUUGCCAGGAGGAGGAGGUGAACUGUCAGGUACCCCCGUUAGAACUGGCUCAAUAUCCCGUAUCCCCAUCACCUUGACACGAGAUACAUCUCCACAACAAGGUGACAGCUCCUUGCCUCGUGGGGAUGUCACCUACGCUGAUCCUCUCGACUUCCAGAAUGGCACAGGAACUGGACGAAACACCGGAGCUACAAUGGACCUGUUGAGUACCAGCUCAGCUGAAUUUGAUGAUCUGAGUACGACAGAGAGUGACUAUGACAGAGAGUAUAAUAACUUAGAAUCAGGACUACUCCCUCCCCAACCUACCCGUCCCAAAGUUAUUAAGAUGAGACGUGUGUCCAGUCUGAACGACCUGAUGAACUUCAGGCAAGCCCUUCAAAUCAGACCUCCUGGCAGUUUGGAUCGCCCUAACUCUGUUCUCUUUAAUGAGGAAGAGUUUGAUACCAGAAGUUGUAGUAGUGAUGAGUACGAGGAUGCUGAUCAGCUCUUCCAGGACAAGAAAGAAGCACACUCCUCUCUUAAGAGGAUCGGCUCAGCUCUUCAUGCUUCAUUUAGGAAGAUUCGUCAGAAGGGACCGGUAAAAGACGAGUGUGGUUACGAAACUUUACCAAACAAAAAUGACAGCUGGGAGAAACGGUCCUUCAGAAACCUCCUCAUCAGCUCCAAAAAAUGGAUGGGGUCAAACUCAAAGUCUCCAGUUCCCCACAAGUUGACAAGACGAUCGUAUGAGAGAGAGACGUCUCAAAGUGAGACUUGUCUCCUAGUUCCUCCUACCUUUAACGGACCUGUCCUCAACUCUGAACCUCCUGUCCUCAACUCCGAGCCUCCUCCUUGUAAUGGAGCUAGUGAGGGCAGCCCACACAUGGUUCCAACUAGGACCGUGUCAGUUUCCUCAGGAAUCAGUGUUCCCCUCUCAGUGUACAGCGACUACGAAAUACCUGAUGAAGUUCUAGAAGCUUCAGUUCAUCUUCGUGAUACUUCACUCCAGAACUCUCCUACCCCCCUUAUCUCUGAACCCUCCCAAAGCACCCUCUCAGUCAACCAUCUCCCAAUAUCCAAGUCCAGAUCAGCUCAUGAAAUAUGGAACCUAGACUCCGACAGGGUGAUCGUCAGGUCACGUGCUAACUCACAGACCCACACUGAUCGCUCUAAACAUGCAAGCUGUCUGAUCGACUACUCUCCCACCUCCUCCAGAUCUAACAAAGUAAAACUCAAGCGGAAGGGAGUCCUGUCACGUAGUUUUAACCGUAGUUUUAACCGGAAGAAAUAUGGCAAAUCAAUAUCGGAUAUCCUCGGCACCCCUCCCGCUGUGCCGACUGACCGGCGUCCUUCCAUUUUGUGCACGUGCUGUAACAGUGUACAUGUUUGUCAGACUCUUCCAGGCAUGUCAUUGACUCGUAAAGCAACCCUCUCCUCCUCCCCCUCGAAAAUAUACGAGAAUACCAGACUAAACGUGCCUGGAAAUGAACUGGAGCCUGUAAGUAACGAGGCUGAAUCAGACUACGAGACACUCCCGGGUGUAUCUUCUCAGAAAACCGACCGCCCUAUAGACUAUGAGACCUUCUCAGUCAAACAUAAUGCCAAUGAGGAGAAGAAACUGAUUACGAAGAUGUCGACAACGAGGAAACUUCUCUCACACAAAUAACAUCGACUUUAAGUUUAACUGAGGUAACGUUACCUGACUACGUGGCGUCACCAGAUAGUAUAACUAUGAAGUCAUCAAAUAGUAUGACGUCACCAGAUAGUAUGAUAUCACCAAAUAGUAUGACGUCAUCAGUAACAGACUCGGUUUUUGUUACAUCACCUGAUUUUCCUUGUCAUUGGGACUGUGCUCCCAGAACGUGAUUUAUUGGCGUAUUCUGACAUGUGUUCGACUCCUGUUUUGAUAUCGCCGGGAGAAAUUUCCAUUUCUUUGGAGUUGUGACAAAGGAACUCUGAACUUAUUGUUCGGCGGCAAAUUUAUCUUUAAGUCAAAUUUUUUAAAUGUUUACGAUUAAUUUUAUUUUAAAGUUUUAACAUAGUCGAAUUGUCAAGUAAUACUAAAUGCAGCUUCUUACGUAAAAAUGAAACCCCUCAUUGGUGGUAAGGCGACUUGAAAUGUAUCUAAGAAUGUAGGAACAAAGUUGGCUUGAACUUGAAUGGAAAGCUUGAAAUUAGAAUUGUAUUUGAAUGUGCAAAGAAAUGGAAA